CACCAUUCGUCUUUACACUCUUUCCUUUUCAUCUCACAUGGCGAUAUACUCCAUUUUCUAGCAUAGGUUAUAUCGCUUCCUGACACUCAGCUUCUCAUCCGUCUAUCCCUGCCAAAGACUGAGUCGCAAGUUUGCGCUGCCAAGCAGCCAUGUCUUCGCCGAUUCGCCCUCAGUUUUUCUGUACUCGCCCAAAUGGCACCCUCACCCCCCUGGUUGCUGUCGACGAGCUGCCCUCACAUAUCUCAAUUCGCGGUGCUCCCCGUACCCUCUCGCCAAGCGAAACUCAAGGCAUGACUAGUCUGGGAACUGUCAGCUCUAGAUUGCAAUUCUAUGCUCUCGAAGGCGCUCUCUCAAAUACAACUCGCGCGUCAUCCGGUAACGCACCUGGACAUCGCUCCCGCGACACUGAUGUGCAGGUGACGCUUAUGAGUCUCGCUUCCGAUGAAAACAUACCAGUGAGUCAGAGAGUUGCUAUCAGUGCGCUACUGCAACAUGGUCUAUCUCAGAACUGGUUUGCGACACCUCCAUCAUCUAGCGGCUGGCUGGUCUCAAGCAGCAAUGUGAAUCACCCAGGAAACUGUACUGCUAGACAGAGCCCCCACUACAACUCGAAGAAAGAGUAUUGCUCUUACUGGAUCCGUCAUGGCGAAUGCGACUAUCAGCAACAAGGUUGUCUCUACAAGCAUGAAAUGCCUCACGAUUUGUCCAUGCUAGAGAAGCUUGGUCUGCGCGACAUCCCUCGCUGGUACCGCGAUAAGUACAAUAUCCCCAGCCUACUUCCCAAUGGACAUGGACAUACUCGUACCCCCCUUAACCAUACACUCCCUGCACCCGAUGGUGGUUCCUAUAAAUCGCUUCCGUAUCACCCGCGCUUGGGUAUGAAUGAAGCCCCUGAAGCGCCUGAGAUAAAGAAGGAACCUGAACAGGAAUUUGCUGCAAACCAGCUCUCCAUUCAGCAAUCUCCAUCGGGAUUCCCUGGUGCCUCAAGACUCGCUCUGCCGGCUAUGGACGUAGCGAAGGCUUCUAGGACUCAGAGGGUAGAGCCGAAGCACACUUCCAGCUCCAAGAAUCUGGCUCUCAGGAAGCUUGAUCUUCUGUCUUUUGACCCGCUCCCGGAGUUUGAAUACUCAUCUUUGAGGCCUGCCAAUGGAAACAACUCGCCUGCUUUUGAUCAUUCACACGCGCAGAACAAUACUGCUUACAAGAACGCUGUCACCGAUCCGUUCGAAGGCCACUGCAGAGAUUCGCGUGCAAGUUUCGGCAGUAUCCAACCUUUCUUACCUGCCUCUCUUGGUAUCAAUCCGUGCCAGGGUUCAAGUAUCUUACGGGAUGCUGCAUCUCAGGGACGUUCCAAGAAGACGCAUAGGUCCCGUCGUUUGUAUCAACCUCGAUCACAGUUUCCAACGGAAGACCCAAGCUCUGAGAUGGAAGAAAAAGUCGCUGGGGCGAGUUAUUCUAGCCAGGCCACUCUUCCGUCGAACUGUACAUCGCCUGCCUCAAGGGUCACAUUCGGGGCUUUCGGAUCUCUCCAGGCGCAGGUUUCCCUGGGUCUCAUGCAUGGAUGUGCCGCAUCCGAGCCGCCUACUCGAGAUGCUUCCCCUUCUACACACUCUAGUACUGCUUCGUCUGAGUCCAGCCCUGGAAAGCGUCGCAAUCACGUCAAAGGCAAGAGCCACAAGCCCAAUUCCGGCACCAUUGGUCAGAAGGUUUAUCGCCAACGCUCUGUCGGAUCUUCCGAAGAUGAAUUUUUCGGCGGCUUGUCCAUGGAAGAGGAGAAGUAAAUAGAGACCGGAGGGUGCUCACAUGUUUAUGGUCCGAGGCUUUCUUCUACUUGAUCAAGAACCAGCUAUUUUGCUAACCCCCCAUCACACAUAAAUAUGCGACUUUGCGGCUUUUCCAGGUGCUACGAUGCAAAAUACUAUGAUAUGCUACACGGGAUCUCCUUUGCGGAAUAAAUAUACCUAAAAGGAACGAAGGCCUCCCCACUUGACUUGACGUUGACGUUGGAAUGAGAAAAAAAACGGAAGUUCUGUUCGC